AUGGAUUAUGGUGAAGAAUUUAGUAUGAAUGAAAAGCCAACAAUUAAUGGACCAAAUGCAAAUUAUGUUAAAUUAGUUAGUUCUGAUAAUCAUAAAUUUUACCUUCCUAAAAAUCUUGUAAUGGCUAGUGGUACAAUAAAAGCUAUGCUUUCUGGACCAGGAACAUACAAUGAAAAUGAAUGUAAUGUUGUUCAUUUUAAAGAGUUACCAUCUCAUGUUUUGCAAAAAGUGUGCUACUACUUCUUAUACAAAGCCAGAUAUACCAAUUCUGCGAGUGAAAUUCCUGAGUUUAAAGUUGAACCAGAAAUGUCUCUAGAAUUGUUAAUGGCAGCAAACUUUCUUGAUUGUUAG